AUGGAAGAUGCGAAGAUUCAGCUGGUUCCCGAUCCAGUGGAUCCGACUUCGACCUUGAGCUUUCCCACUGUACUGCUCUACCCCCUGCACCUGGAGUCGGAUUUUAUCAAGGCAUUCAACGAAACCGAACCACUGGGUCACCACCUAAGUUACAUUUUGCCUUUGCCCUGGGAUAAAGAGGGGCUGUACAAACCCACUAGCGUCGAGUGUUAUAUGGAGACUAUCAGUGGUGGCCUGAUCAAAGUGGGACGAAAAGUCUCGUUACUGAAAGUGUUGACGUCGGGGAAUGUUGAAGUGGUCGACGAGGUCGUGAAGAUUUUCGUGGUUCCAAAAGCCAAGGCCGAAGACUGGGUUCUAGACUUCAAGAAAAAGAAAGCCGCUGAUAAAUCCAGCAGGUGA